ACUUUCACUUCUCUGCUGUGGUUAACGGACUGGUGCAAACCUUCAAAAUGGCAGGUAUGAUUGUGAAUCAAAUGUCCUUCAAAGCUGGAAAAAUUCUAACUCUCAAUGGAGUAAUCCCAUCAGGUGCAAAAAAUUUCUGUGUGAAUAUCGGCAUCAACGAGGAGAACGUUGCGUUGCACAUCAACCCUCGUCUGAAUUCCCACGGAGAAACAAAUAAACUGGUUUUGAAUUCAAAGUGUGGAGGAAAGUGGCAAGCAGAGCUCCGUGAAGGAGGUUUUCCUUUCUACCAGGGACAGGCUUUCAAGAUCAUCAUCAUAUUCACCCCGGCAGGGUUUGUGGUGGUAUUGUCUGAUGGCUCCACAAUUCGCUUCCCUAACCGUCUCGGUGCACUGAAAUACAACUUCUUCAGCUUUGUUGGGGAUGUCCGCAUCAAGAGCUUUGAGAUCGUGUAAAAGGAAAAAAGAAAUAAAAAAGAAAGCAUGAGUACAAUAUAUGCAAUGCAGUUUUUGACUUUGUCUUUUUCCUUAUAAGAUAAGAUAAAUUAGUCCUUUAUUGAUCCCCAGAGGGGAAAUUCGGGUUAUACAGCAGCUCAAAAUCAGAUACAUGUUCAGGUCAUCACAACUACCAAGAUUGGCAUGAGUAUUUCCAGUUUUCAUACAUGCAGAGGAGUUUCAAGAGCUGCUGAUGUUGUGAUUAAUUUGCAUGUGGUGUAACAGAUAUUGCUUUAGACUAUCUUUUUAUGUAUUUUUGUAUCUUUCUGUUCUGUAUGCACAUUUAAGAUGUCUGAGAUAUUUGUUGUCAGCGUUAAGUCAAUAACGAGUUGACUCCCUCUGAGUGCUGAUGUUGCUGUCCAUACUAAAAGUAUUCCAAUUUG